AGCGUCACGUGGCGAGGAUCAGCUGAUCGUCAUCGCUUCCUCACUGAGAUUCGGGAUGUUUUGACGGAGAUAUCUGCGAAAAUCACUACCGGAUAUUUCUUCAUGUGAAUUCUCUUACAUUUAAAGCUCUGGGUGUUUUGGCUUCUGUCACAUUCUCUUGAUGAAUACCUCGGACAGUGAAGAGGACUCUUACAACGAGAGGUCCGCUCUGGUCCAGUCCGAAAGCCCAACCAUACCCUCGUACAGCCAAAUUAAUGACAUGUCUCUCCCUCAGGACACAGAACCCAAACGACGACGGCCGGUCAGCUCAGAGUCGGGCGUGGUAGGACAGGUGGAGAGAGAGAGAGCAGCCACUCCUGAUGGAGAGGAAGAGGAGCUGACCCUCAAAUAUGGCGCCAAACACGUCAUCAUGCUCUUCGUCCCGGUCACGCUCUGCAUGGUGGUCGUCGUGGCAACCAUAAAAUCUGUCAGUUUCUACACGGAGAAGAGCGGACAACAGCUCAUAUAUACUCCGUUUGAAGAGGACCCGAACUCUGUGGGUCAGAGGCUUCUGUACUCCCUCCUCAACACCCUUGUCAUGAUCAGUGUCAUUGUCGUCAUGACGAUAGUACUGGUGGUGCUUUAUAAGUAUCGCUGCUAUAAAUUUAUUCAUGGCUGGCUGAUUCUGUCUUCUCUGAUGUUGCUCUUCUGGUUUAGCUUCAUGUAUCUGGGAGAGGUGUUUAAGACAUAUAACGUGGCCAUGGAUUACCCAACGUUAGUGAUGAUCAUAUGGAACUUCGGCGUCGUGGGAAUGAUCUGCAUCCAUUGGAAAGGCCCUUUACGGCUGCAGCAGGCCUACCUCAUUGUCAUCAGUGCUCUCAUGGCACUCAUUUUCAUCAAAUACCUGCCCGAGUGGUCGGCAUGGGUGAUACUGGGAGCCAUCUCUAUUUAUGAUCUGAUAGCGGUGCUCUCUCCAAAAGGCCCAUUGAGGAUGCUGGUUGAGACCGCUCAGGAAAGAAACGAGCCAAUUUUUCCUGCACUUAUAUAUUCAUCUGCCAUGGUUUGGAUGGUUGGAAUGGCUGAUCAUAGUAAUCAGGAUUCAGCUGAUGAAAGGCAGCACCCUGAGGGUGGAACCCGGCCACCGGAAGGGGUGGAGUCAGAAGAUGAUUCAUCUCAAGGAAGGAGGCGACGGUAUUUGGCAGAAGAGGACCUUGAGGAAGACCGAGGGGUGAAACUGGGGCUCGGAGACUUUAUCUUCUACAGUGUUCUGGUGGGAAAGGCAGCAGCCACAGGAGGAGACUGGAACACCACACUGGCCUGUUUCGUGGCCAUUCUCAUUGGACUGUGUCUGACGCUCCUCCUGCUGGCCAUUUUCAAGAAGGCACUGCCGGCUCUUCCCAUCUCCAUCACGUUCGGCCUCGUGUUCUACUUCUCCACAGACAAUCUGGUACGGCCCUUCAUGGACAAUCUGGCUGCCAACCAAUACUACAUCUGACAGAAACCCUCUCAAACACCGAGGACUCUAAGACAACACAAUGAGUGCCCUUCAGUCGUUGUUUAAAUGAGAUUCAAACUUUUUUUAGUUCUUAUGAACCUGACCUGGUUUCAGUCUGAAAUGAGGAGCUGCAGGUGAGGGACUGGAAUGUUGAAAACGUAUCAAAACAAGAAAUGCUGGUCGCACAUUUGCAUUUUGGUCUAAUUUGAGCAGCUUUUUUUGUACCUUCUGACAUGGUAAAUGAAUGUGUGACCAGCAUCCAGACAGGUGUUGGGGAACUGUUUUUAUUUCAGAAUAAAAAAUGACUUUUACUAUAUGAAAAAACAGAAUGCUGCUAGACUCCUAAGAAAGAAGCCUGUACUAUAUGUGGCCUACUCCAAGCAGACGUGAGGACUUACAGCUGAGGUGGUUACAGCUUCAGUGCAUAAUAAACUAACAACACCAAUGGAGUUUCACCUUUAAUAGCUUCAUUUUUAGGACUGCCAACAUUGUAGCAGGGAAAAAGGCCCCAUAGAUUCAUUAUGAUUUUUGCAGAUAAAGACAUGUUUCUGGAUAGGGCCGGGAGAUAUAUCAAAUAUUUACAAUGAUUUUGCUGGCGAUAUAAAAUUAUUCCACUAAUUUUAAUGCACUUUUUAUUUGGCCUUCAAAUUUCAAAUCAAGCACAAAAUGUUUCACAGUGUUGCAUUUUGGUUGCAGUUUGGUUACACAGCAGAACAGUGUUUUAGAAACCACACCUAAAAUAUAAAUAAGGAACCAAAACAUGCUGUUCAGUUUACAUUUUUGGAUUACCAAAAAUGAUCAGUAUCCAACCAUAACUGUAACUUUGACAGAAGUUUAAUUUCAGUCACAAAGACUUUUUAAGUUUAUAUAAAUGAAAAAAAUACCUACCUGGUAGAUUUUUCAAUACACAUAAAAAAAAUAAAUAAUAUUUGAGUUUAUUUUUAAAAUUAACGCAUUUCAAUUUCAUUACAAAAUUCCAUCAAUAUGAAUUGUGUAAUGUUUAACAAAAUUAAAUUAAAUUGAAAUAAAUUGUAAUUAUAUUGAGCUAAUUGUACUUUUAAAAAUGUUAGCAUUUUGAGUAAAUAUUGUGUAAAAUAGUCAUUCAUUUAAAUUUAGCCAUUUUGUGUACAUCUUAUUUGCUAUCGUUACAUUCUCUGUAAAUAAGCGUAAAAAUAGCACCGACAAAUAUUGAGUAAAAUAAUAUAUUUUUAAAUAAUUGUUUUUAAAAUAGUGAAUUUUGAGUAAAAGAAAAUGAGUAGUGUGAGUAUAUUCGAGUAUAUUAUAUAUGACUAAAAAUAUUUUGUGCUUUUAAAUUAUUUAUUUUAUUAAAGAUUACUCGAUUCAAUUUUUAAGUGAAUUUUGAUAUGAAAUUGAAAUGCAUAAAUCUUACAUCUUAUAUAUAUAUAUAUAUAUAUAUAUAUAAUUAGUAUCGCCUCAAAAUAUCGAUAUAACAUUUUCACUACAAAACUAAAAAACAAAUUAGGAACUUUUUAUAAGGUUUUAAAAUAACUAUAAAUGUUUUGAAAAUAAAAGUAAAAAUAAAAUGUAAGUAAAAAUAUAUUUCAACCAAUCAGAUUAUAGGGUUAGGCUUUGGGCUGCACAACAUGCAUCUUAUCAACCUAUAAUUUUCCACUUAUUUUAAUUUAAAUUCAUUCAGGAACAUGUCCUACUUGGCAGAAUGACUAUCAAUGAUAUUUUUGAUUACGUGGAUGAAAGGCACAUAUCAGUUUAGACAUUUGACCAGAUCUUGUAUUUUGUAAUCAGUACACUGGGAAUGAUGAGUCUCAACAGUCUAUUUACAUGUAGAAAUACUUCUAGGCUGACCCAUGGCAGGGAUGCCAGCUCAUGUUAGUCGUUUUUCUGUGCCAUUGAAAUUGCAAAAGAGCGCACAAGAACCAGAACACUUGUGGCAUGGAUUGCAAUAUGUAAUAUGUGGACAAUAGAAGCUAGUUUAUGAGUUUAUGUCAACAGCGAUGUGUAUUUUUUCUUAUGUUUAAGGAUAUCCCAGCAUUUUACAUUAGACCACAUUAAAGAAGCAUAUAAUUACAUUUGGAUACAAAGAGAUAAUCACUUAAUCAAAAUAUAAAUCUCCUCUUUUUGAGAAGUUGCCUAGAGAUUGAGUAGAAACUAAUUCACUGUACGAAGAUCCCCUCUCAGGAUUUUAAAUCUCUGUGUCCAUUUUUAUCAACUGAAUGAAAACUUUGGGGGAAAACAAUAUCACACUUUUAUAUCACAUUAAGGUAAUAGACCUCUUAUGGAACUGCUGUAGUUGAUUCUUUAAGUUUUAUACUGAAGGAAGAAAUUAUAUUUAUUACAAAUUAAAAAUUGGAUUGUUUUUAUAUGUUCACAGUUUAAAUAGUUUCUCUCUCUUUUUUGGUUUGUUUAAUAUUGUCAUGUACAGUGCUUGGUGUUGUGUAAUAAAAUAUCAAGCAAAUUAAUCUGAA